AUGCUUCUAGGAAACUGCCUCCCGAACGAGGAAUUGGUUAUGAUAAUGAGUAAUUCUCGUCAUCCGCAAACGCUUCAACUGUUCAAAUCUGCAAAACUUAUCGAAGAUGCCGCUUGUAUUGACAUACUGCAGUUCAAGACACUUGAUACGUACACUGCGUGCGGUGACGAAGUGGUCGAUGAAGAUCAAAAGCUUAUUCAUGCCCGAAUCGACGACAACAAUGAGUUUGUAGACGUUGAAUGCCAUGUAGAAAAUCAAAAAAUACCAACUACGAAUAUUGGCAGAUUCUUCGAUGAACCAAGAGUGCUCACAGUAACGGCCUACAUCGAUGCGGCUCUGUCAAAUGAACAAAUCGCUCAUAUCAGCUGUGUUUACGUGAAUCAAACUAGCGCUACAUGUGAAUGGAUACGGUAG